AUGUCAAAUCCUGUUCCUGCUGUAAUAAAAAAUAUUCAUGAGGGACCAACCAGAGGCAUUAUUACGCAUGGCUGGAAAAUUACCUCGACUAAACUUCCUAUUCUUAAUGCGAAAGAAAUAGAGCGUGCACAAGCAGAACUAGACAUUCCUCUUCCUGAAAUGUUCUUUGGCAAUAACCGGAUCACGAUCUCUAAUGAACAUGGAUUUGAACUUGAGUUUUCACCUAUGGAAGCUUUAAAGCACGUGGACGCGUCUAAAGAAGGUGGUGAUAAAGUUAAACUUGCAUAUUCGGAGGAAUGGAAGAAGAAAAGUGAGAGGAAUCAUGAGCAUGUUAAAGAUGUAGUGAAGCCAUACGACUGGACAUAUUCCACUUCAUAUCGUUGCACGGUGAAAUUAGCACCGGACGGGCAGGAUUUCAAGCCGACAACUGAUCGUAUUAACAUCGAGAAACUCAAAUUGCCAGAGCCAAUCAAUUUUUACGAUGAGAAUAUCCUUUUCGAGGAUGAACUAGCUGAUAAUGGCACUGCGAUGUUGAAUGUAAAAAUGCGAGUCAUGCCUUCUGGAUUCUUUGUUCUGCAACGUUUCUUUUUAAGGGUAGAUGAUGUAUUAUUUAGAUUAAAUGAGACGAGGAUAUAUCAUGAAUUUGGGACUGAUUAUUUAAUCAGAGAAUACUCGUCGCGGGAAGAAACUUAUGAUAAAAUACGCGCGGCGCUGCCGCCGUACAAAGGCGAUGACAUAUCGCAGUUGACCGAUCCUGAUUGGGUAUCUUCUAAAUUACCUCCACCACGGGAACAGAUCAUUGAGAAGAUAAAUGUUGUGCCAUCGAACACUGAACAACCAAAAUAA